UUUCCUCUCCUUUCUCUUUUCUUCCUUUUAUUUUUUAAAAAUUUCAAAUAAUCCAAAUAGAGGGAAAGAGAAAUGUCUUGCCUCCUGCCUGCUCUACCCCGGCCGCCCCCCUGGGGACCCGCCUCCGCGCUGGCUGCACUGGGGCAGCCCUUGGAAAGACAUGUCGCCUUGCCUGUCCCUGCUUCUCCACGAGCCUUGGGAGCGCUUUGAGAUCCGCGGCUGCGCCUCCGCCUCCGCUGCUUCUGCCGUGAGUGCCUUGGAAAGGGACCUUGUAGGUCUGUGAUGGCUGACGAUGCCUUUUGAAAAGAUCCUGUGCUGUGGUUACCUCCUCCUCCUCCUCCUCCUCCGUUCGGCCGCGAGUCCUCGCCAGUCGCCCAGCUGGGAAGACUGCUGUGGUGUGUGUGUGUGUUCCACGUGGUGACCGUCUCGUGUUUUCUCUCAUGCAACAAGUAUUUCUCCAGUGCCUGUUAGGUACCGGGGAUUCGACAGCACGUUCGACAGAGAGGAUAACCUUGCAUUAUUAUUUCUGUUUUGGGCAAAAGAGGACAGAACCCCAAAGACAGUUACUUAUCAUAAAUAGGUUGAAGAAAAGUGGAGAACAUGGACGGAAAGGUGGGAAGAGGGAGCUGAGGUGCUGGGCGUCCCCCCUUUAAGAAUCCAGGCCCGGGAAGGUCACACUGAGACAUGAGGAGGACCCGGAGGGGGAGGACAUCUGGGCAGAGGAAGCCACAGGUUCGGUGCUGCAGCCAUGCGUGCUAGGCUGAAGGUAGCCACCCCGGCGGCGUGUCCCACCCCGGCGGCGUGUCCCACCCCGGCAUCGUGUCCCGCCAGCAGCAAAGCUGAACCGACCCGCCAGGAAGCCGACUGCUCGAGCGAGCUCCAUUGUUCUGUGCAGCUCACUGAUGCUCCCUCUCUGCACUGAUGAAAACAAGCGUCGGCCGAACACGUCAUUUCAUGUAGAACAUCUCUGGGAUCCCACUGUGCAAUGAGUUAGAUUCUGAGGAAGCUUCCUGUGUGUGAGAGGGAAGUGUCGCCUAGAUGUGUGUGUGGGAGGAACUCAAGACAGGAAAAGGCCCGUGAUGCCACUCUUGGGUAGGGAAAGGAGAAAAAGAAGAAAUAAAUACUUUGGACUUCAAAACAAAGGAUGAUGGCGUUGAAGGGGUCUUGUGCCUCUGUCACAGCAGAAGCCGCCGGCUGACGCCCCCCUGGGGUUGCUCCAGAGAGACUGGCACACCCAAAGAAAGUGCUGACUGCUCCCUCCUCUGUGUAGAGCUGGGUUUGCUCCCCCAGUUUUGUGGGUCCUUGAGUCUCCAGCGGUUCUCUUCUGUCUUGAGCAUCCCGUCCCCAUUGUCCGAGUCACCAGAUAGCAUGGUGGAGACAGGCUGCCUUUCUAUGUCUGAGACGCCAGAGCUAGUGACCAUCCUGUGUGGGAAGCAGCCAGUGAGAAGAUUACAGUAGCAGAGUGCAUCGAGACACAGAGCAAAGCCAUGACGAUGCUGACCAUUGAACAGCUGUCCUACCUGCUCAAGUUUGCCAUUCAGAAAAUGAAGCAGCCAGGGACAGAUGCAUUCCAGAAGCCCGUUCCAUUGGAGCAGCAUCCUGACUAUGCAGAAUACAUAUUCCACCCCAUGGACCUUUGUACAUUGGAAAAGAAUGCGAAAAAGAAGAUGUACGGCUGCACGGAAGCCUUCCUGGCCGAUGCCAAGUGGAUCCUGCACAACUGCAUUAUUUAUAAUGGGGGAAAUCACAAGUUGACGCAGAUAGCAAAAGUCGUCAUCAAGAUCUGUGAGCAUGAGAUGAAUGAAAUCGAAGUGUGUCCGGAGUGCUAUCUUGCUGCUUGCCAAAAACGUGACAACUGGUUCUGCGAGCCCUGUAGCAACCCGCACCCUUUGGUCUGGGCAAAGCUGAAAGGCUUCCCAUUCUGGCCAGCGAAAGCCCUGAGGGACAAAGAUGGGCAGGUUGAUGCCCGCUUCUUUGGACAACACGACAGAGCCUGGGUUCCAAUCAAUAAUUGCUACCUCAUGUCUAAAGAAAUCCCCUUUUCUGUGAAAAAGACGAAAAGUAUCUUCAACAGCGCCAUGCAAGAGAUGGAAGUUUACGUGGAGAACAUACGGAGGAAGUUUGGGGUCUUUAACUACUCCCCGUUCAGGACGCCCUACACCCCCAAUAGCCAGUACCAAAUGCUGCUUGACCCCAGCAACCCCAGCGCUGGCACUGCCAAGACAGACAAGCAGGAGAAGGUGAAGCUCAAUUUUGACAUGACGGCGUCCCCCAAGAUCCUUCUGAGCAAGCCCCUUCUGAGCGGGGGUGCGGGCCGCAGGAUCUCCCUGUCCGACAUGCCACGCUCCCCGACCAGUACGAACUCCUCUGUGCACACGGGCUCCGACGUGGAGCAGGACCCCGAGAAGAAGGCCCCGUCCAGCCACUUCAGCGCCAGCGAGGAGUCCAUGGACUUCCUUGAUAAGAGCACAGCUUCCCCGGCCUCCACAAAGACGGGCCAAGCAGGGAGUCUGUCUGGCAGUCCGAAGCCUUUCUCUCCACAAGCACCGACCCCCAUCAUGACGAAGACAGACAAGACCUCCACCACCGGGAGCAUCCUGAACCUCAACCUGGAUCGAAGCAAAGCCGAGAUGGACCUGAAGGAGCUGAGCGAGUCGGUCCAGCAGCAGGCGGCCCCCGUCCCUCUCAUCUCUCCCAAGCGGCAGAUUCGAAGCCGGUUCCAGCUCAACCUGGACAAGACCAUUGAGAGUUGCAAAGCACAGCUAGGCAUAAAUGAGAUCUCGGAGGAUGUUUACACAGCCGUGGAGCACAGCGAUUCGGAGGAUUCCGAAAAGUCGGAGAGCAGCGACAGUGAGUAUGUCAGCGAUGAGGAACAGAAGCCCAAGAAUGAGCCGGAGGACCCCGAAGACAAAGAGGGGAGUCGGGUGGACAAAGAGGCCCCCGCCGCUAAAAAAAAGCCCAAGCCCGCAAACCCGGUGGAGGUGAAAGAGGAGGCGGAAAGCAACUCCCCGGCCGCCGAGAAGGCAGAGCCUGCCCCCGCCAAGGGCAAGGCCAGCCCCGAGCCCGAGAAGGACUCAGCAGAGAAAGCCAAGCCGUCGCCUCACCCUACAAAGGACAAACUGAAGGGAAAAGAUGAGACGGAUUCUCCCACAGUGCAUUUGGGCUUGGACUCUGAUUCGGAGAGUGAACUUGUCAUAGACUUAGGAGAAGAUCCUUCUGGGCGGGAGGGUCGCAAAAACAAGAAGGAGCCCAAGGUGCCAUCACCUAAGCAGGAUGCUAUAGGUAAACCGCCACCGUCUACCGUGGCUGGCAACCAGUCUCCCCCAGAGACGCCGGUGCUCACCCGCUCAGCCACCCAAGCUCCCGCGACUGGGGUCACCGUGGCCGCCACCACCAGCACGAUGUCUACCGUCACGGUCACAGCACCGGCCACUGCCGCCGCCGCCGCCGCCGCCACAGGAAGCCCGGUGAAGAAGCAGAGGCUGCUGUUACCGAAGGAGACUGCUCCAGCCGUGCAGCGGGUCGUGUGGAACUCAUCAAGUAAGUUUCAAACGUCCUCCCAAAAGUGGCACAUGCAGAAGAUACAGCGUCAGCAGCAGCAGCAGCAACAGCAGCAGCAGCAGCAGCAACAGCAGCAGCAGCAGCAGCCUCACUCUUCCCAGGGGACAAGAUAUCAGACCAGACAGGCCGUGAAAGCCGUGCAGCAGAAGGAGGUCACGCAGAGCCCGUCCACCUCCACCAUCACGCUGGUGACCAGCACUCAGCCGGCAGCCCUGGUCAGCAGUUCUGGCUCGGCAAGCACCCUGGCGUCCGCUAUCAGUGCCGACCUCCCCAUCGCCACCGCCUCCGCCGACGUGGCCGCCGACAUUGCCAAGUACACCAGCAAAAUGAUGGAUGCCAUAAAAGGGACGAUGACGGAGAUCUACAAUGACCUCUCCAAAAACACCACCGGAAGCACGAUAGCGGAGAUUCGAAGGCUGAGGAUCGAGAUUGAGAAGCUGCAGUGGCUGCACCAGCAGGAGCUUGCCGAGAUGAAGCACAACCUGGAACUGACCAUGGCGGAGAUGCGGCAGAGCUUGGAGCAAGAGCGGGAUCGGCUCAUCGCCGAGGUGAAGAAGCAGCUGGAGCUGGAGAAGCAGCAGGCGGUCGACGAGACCAAGAAGAAGCAGUGGUGUGCGAACUGCAAGAAGGAGGCCAUCUUCUACUGCUGCUGGAACACCAGCUACUGUGACUACCCGUGCCAGCAGGCUCACUGGCCUGAGCACAUGAAGUCCUGUACCCAGUCAGCCACUGCCCCUCAGCAGGAAGCAGAUGCUGAGGCCAGCACGGACACAGGAAAUAAGUCAUCCCAGGGCAGCUCCUCCACUGCGCCGUCGGCACCUUCAGAAACGGCCAGCGCCUCCAAAGAGAAAGAGACAUCAUCAGAGAAGAGCAAGGACAGCUCGACCCUGGACCUUUCUGGCUCCAGAGAGACGCCCUCCUCCGUUCUCUUAGGUUCCAACCAAGGCUCUGUUAGCAAGAGGUGUGACAAGCAACCUGCCUAUACCCCAACCACUACAGACCACCAGCCGCACCCCAACUACCCAUCCCAGAAGUACCAUUCCCGGAGCAGCAAGACAGGUUUGUGGAGCAGCAGUGAGGAGAAGCGAGCGUCGGCCCGCUCCGAGCACAGUGCAGGGACCAGCGCGAAGAACCUCAUACCCAAAGAGUCGCGGGAGUCCCGCCUUGACGCCUUCUGGGACUAGGGGUGCAUCGUGAGCCAGAAUACCUCCCCGUGGGGGGGGAAAGAACCCAAACAACCGGAAGCAACAGUAACUGGAGAACAGCCACCUUUCCGAUCCCCACACUCAGGCUCUGCCCGUGGGCUUGGCUGCAGGGCAGCAACUGGACUCCAUCCCAGCAUGGGCCUUGACUGGGACUGCCGGACCUCGUGAGCCCAACACUUGAGGUGGAAGUAGGUACACUUUGUGACGUCACUGACCUAGCCUACCUUCCAUUUCAUAUCUAUACUGACCUUAACUUAUAAAAAAGAAAAACAAGUUAUAUAUAUAUAAAAAAAUCUACAACGAAAAGAAUGUUUUGAUAAUCCAGAGGGCUGGCUAGUUAGUCCUCUGGCCUCACUGUGGUGUCAGGGCUGGGCCCAGGGAUUGCUGUUCUCACACAGGUCCUCCUCCCUGGAUCCCCAGGGGAGGGAGGAAGCCGCUGUCACUCGGCAGCACACCACGAUCGGAGCUCCCAGGCUAUGCUGUCCUGGACCCGCUACACCAAGCCAUCGGCCCCUCACAGACCCUACAAGACGAUGUUGUGAAACACAAGUUUGCUGGGCUCGAAGGACAGAGAGAAGCAUGUGUGAUUGUGAUCUCGGCUGUGGUUCCCCAAGAGGCAAAGCAGCCUGCCGUUUACAGAAGGUCCACACAAACAAUCCCUGCGUCAUCGUGGAUGCGGAUGGCAUUCGCGUGCGGCUACCUCUUCUCUCUGUGGAGUGCUUUCCAUAAACACUCACACCUAGCUAUGAAGAGAUAGGCGUCUCAGAAGCAAGGACUCAAAAGCAAGGUGCACGCUGAGGACAUGUGAGCCCGCGGAUGGAGCAUGUAUGUAUUAUUUAUAUGCUGGAGUUCUACGUUUUUAUGUAAGCAUGAAACACAGGCAGUGUGAGAGAAAGCCAAGACCGGUCAUGCUGUCCCGUUAACGCUACGUCUGCUGUAGUUCCAUUUUGUAUGUUGUGUAAAACGAGCAUCGAUCGAAGCAAAAGAUGAUGUGUGUAUAUGAGAAAAAUUAAUUGUAUAUCAUUCCAGUACAUUCCGUUGUACAUUUUAGUCUUCGUUUACUAUCUCUUCAUUGUUGAUAAGAAAAUGCAAGCUGUGCAUUGUCCAGCUAGUUUACGCCUACUAGAGAAGGAAGGAAGAAAUGCUAGAAGAAAACCGGAGAGAAAGAACAUUUGUGAAUUGAAUUACAGUUGUCAAAAAACAAAACAAAAAAAAAACCAAUCUAGCCUAGCUGGCCUUAUUUGGGAAGCGUAACUGCUUUUAGCAUAUGGGAGUAUUUUUUCACAUUUUCUUUGUAUAAAAUUUGUAUUAAACUUAAAUAUCUUUUUUGA